CAGCUGAUCAAAAAUGUCAAUUGUCUGAUUGUCAAGAAAAUGGAGUUUUGAUACGCCUAAAAUGAAAUGAAAGAUAAAAGUUUCAAUAUGAAAUCGAAUAAAAUAAACUUUUCCAACUGCCAGGGUUAGAAUGGAUAAUACGACUCCAUUUCAACCUUGGGCAGCUGACGGUAAUUCUAAAAAUGUUAAAACUGAAAGAGAAUUAGUGGAUGACGCGAAACUUCAUCGGGAAAAUGUCAAUCAUCCAAAACAUAGGCAAACUGCGUCUUACGAUAAAGAAAUCGUCGAUGCUCCAAGUGUUGUUCCUGGACCUUCGAGUUCCCCGGCAUCCGGUGCCAAUCCCGUCGGUGGAAAAGAGCCCAAGAUGGACUCUGGCAAAGUAGCUUCCAUGCAACAAAUUGUUGAGAACACUCUGAGCCAAGAAGGACGACAAAGAGUAUCGCAAAUUCUAGAGGCAGUGGAGGCUCUAAGUGGAGCAGAGAGACUGUUAUUGUAUCUCCGACUACCAACCGGUGUACCUCCUCAUGACCCUCUCAAGCAGCCUAUCAAUCCAUUAGGUUCCAGAGCUGAACUUCAACAAACUGUAACAUGGAUACAAACACAUUUAGAAGUAGACCCAGACGUUUCAUUGCCCAAACAAGAUGUUUAUGAUGAAUACAUAGCUCAUUGUAUGAGCAGUAAUAUGAAACCAUUGUCAACCGCCGACUUCGGCAAAGUCAUGAAGCAGGUGUAUCCCAGUGUACGCCCGCGGCGCCUUGGAACGAGGGGCAAUUCUAGGUAUUGUUAUGCAGGCCUACGUAAAAAGAUUAAACUUGAAGUGCCACACCUACCCGAUUUGGGUGAAAGUUCUAAGGAACCUACUGUAAUGAAAGAAAGUGAAAGAAUCGUUUGUGAAUGGGCUGAAAGUAAAUUCGGUAUAAAGUUUGUGAACAUAACAGAGCUGUCGAGGCACCUGGUGUCCCCCCUCGGCCCCGCCGGCGCGUCGCCACCGCACGCCUCUCACGGUCCACCAGAGGAGACACCUAGCCCUCAAUUAAUGAAGCAGCAACUGAAACGAAAGUUACAGACGCAGGGUACACCAGGAAGACCCAAGAAAAACAAGGGGCAAGAGGUCUCUGGAGAAUCUCCUCCGUCAACCUCAUACGUCGGCCCGCAAUUGUCCGUGAAGCACGAGAGCGAGAUGUCCGAGCCCGCUUACGCCUAUCAGCCGGGCUACGGGCCCGUGUACGACGUGCGGCAACCCUACCCGUACGCGCCGCCACCGCGCGCACACCCGCACGCCGCACCGCACCCGCACUCCGCGCCGCACCCGCACGCCGCGCCGCACACCGCGCCGCCGCCGCACGCCACGCCGCCUGCGCCGCACCCCCCGCUCGUGCACGACUACCGCCCCGACCCCUACGCCUUCGAGCCGACCUACGCACCGCGCGACCUCACCGUGCCCGAUACCGCGCACAACCUGCCCAUCAACCUCAGCAGCGACGCCUCACUCGACCUGUCCACGGAGCGCGGCGCGUGGCCGAGGCGCCGGCCGCCCGAGCCGCCCGCCGCGCGCCUGCCGCUGCCCGGCAAGAAGCUCAUCCUGGAGACGUACCAGAGCGAGACGCAGGCCGGCUCGCCGCGCGCCGCGCCUCAACCCGCCGAGGAGUUCCCGCGCACCGAGUAUCUGCCCAAGAAGAUGCGCGCCGCCGAGAUCCUCGGCGGCAAGCUGUCGGCGGCGCGGCAGGCGCUCGCCAGCGCCGCGUCCGAGCCGGCGGCCUCGUCCUCCUCCGCCGGCGCGGAGCCGUCCCUGCGUCCCGAGGGUGCUUUUUUAGAGGAUCCAAAAAACUUAACGAGCCGGUCCAAGAGCACCGCCGCGGCGCUGGCCCGGGAGGAACAGGAGGCGGCGAGUCCGACACGGUCGGGGAAGGCUCCGACGCCUAGGUGCGACGGCGCCAGGGCGCGCCGGCGCGCGUCCCCGCAGCGGCCUGCGCACCCCGCGACGCCCGACUCGUGCUGCGGCCUGGACGGCAUCAGCAUGCGCACCGGCAUGAUCUGCGAGGAGAAGCACUCGGAGAUCCUGAACCGCGAGCGCGUCAUCAGCAUCUGCAACAUCGACAAGCACGACCUGGACGACUAUCUCAACGAGGGCAGCAGCCAGGAGCACGAGGAGGAGCUGCUGCAGUACUUCCAUCAGCGCGGCGCAGAGCCGGCGCCCGCCGCGCACGUUGCCGACGCCCAGGGAUCUUUUUUAGAAACAGGUCAGGACCCACACGACGAACACAGUCAAGGCAAAAGUGAAAAAAUAUCGCAGUUGCGCGAAUUAUUGGCUAAAAAUUUAAAAAACCAGAGUGGGUCCAACGCUCAAAAUGUAAAAAUUAAUCAGAUCUCUGAAAAAUCAAUGGAAAACUGUGAAGAGUUACACGGCAGUAAAACUACGGUUUUGGAGGGGGCGUUCAAACCGCUAGGCAACGGUAAUGUCGUCGAAAUUGUAAACGGCACGAAUGGGUUGAAGGAAAAUGAAGUGAAUGUAAGUAAAAAUUGUGAUACUAUUUCGAACGAAAAUGGGAUUUCAGUGCCAUGUACACCUGAAAAUAACCAUAAUCCAUUAAUGACAUCCGUUAGCGGAUCCCAUCUUUAUAACGGCAACUGUCACAACGAGCCUCAAAGUCCCACGACGAGAACGCAGCAGUACGAUUUUGUACCUAUAUCUGAUGGUUGUCAUUCACCUGGAAACUUUCAUUCGAAAUCUCCCUUAGGUUUCGGACAGAGAGGACAUAGUCCGACUAAAACGAAUAAAACGAUUAUUAUGGGAGGUUCUUUACAAACAUCUCCAAUUUCACAUAGUACGGCAGCUAGCCCGUUCGUGAGUCCAAGAAACACACCAGUGCCGAGGUCGCGUUUCUGCUCCCGACCUAUACCAAAGCAUAAUGGCAGGAAAAAACGCAACCCUCUUACGCUAACCGACCCUUGUAGUAAACAGUUUGCCAUACCGAAUGAUCAAAAAUUUAUGCCGAAAACAUCGUUAAGCGGUCCUAAUAUUAAGUAUUGCCAACCGAUGUCGGCACCUCCUUCUCCAAACAUUCUGUCACAUUACAAACAGCAAAUGGCGCAAAACUCCGGUAUUCCUAAUGGUGGUAGCAACAUGUGUUUAAGCUUCAUCCCGAACGCAUUCAGAGACAAUAUUAACGGUGAAUUAGCAACACCCUUGUCAGCCGAUCCUUUAUCGAGUGAGGUGAGUCGAUUUUUCCAAGAACCAGUGGUUAAUUAUAGACUAGGGCACGACACCUCCUUUAGAUCACAAUCGGUGCCACUCAAACAAGCGCCGAUGAACAUCGGCCUAUUGAGCUAUACCAACACUCCGGUCGGCUCUGUGCCGCCGACGCCGGUGCCGAACGAGUUCUGCGACUUCGGCUCUCUCGCAGACACGUGCGACAUAUCGAAGGCCGGCCUUAACCCCGAAACACUAGACAAGAUCUACGACGCGAUCGAUAGCAGCAACGGAGUACUUAAUGCAGGAGCAUCGACAGCUAUUAUGAAUACCAAUGAUGCUUUGACUAAUGGUUGUGAUCCUUUACCUGAACAGCAGAUUCUCACCGAUGAUCAAUUGCAUUCUCUUAUCCCGGUUAAUAAUACCGAGCUGGGUAGAAGCGCUCAAUACAGCGAAUCAUUUCCGACCGAUGCGACGAAUGCUGAUGACGUCGAGGAGUUUUUGAAACGAACGAAUACUAUUGACUAUGAUUUAUCCGAAUUGGUUACUGAAAAAAAUAAAUAUUAUACUUCACGCUCAGUCCCCAGCACACCUCUCCCAUAUAAGCGAACGGCGCCAAAUUUACAAAUCGAUUCACGUCUUUCUAGAGAACUGUUCACUGCUGAAAAUUAUUCCAACAUUUCGAACGGCAUAUCAUCAAAAUCUGUCCCGUCAACUCCACAACUGGCCGAAGAUCGAAGUGUUUUUAGCUACAGUAACAGAGAUUUUCUUAUAAAUGGAAAUUCCGUCGACAUGUGUAACUCCAAUCAAAUGCGUUCCGUCGAAAACGACCAAGGUUUAACCUCUCCGCUUGACAUGUUACGUGAAGACAUAUUAGUAGAUCCAAUGACCCCCUCCAUCGAUCCAUUGCUGGCUGACCUUGACAAAAUGGAUGGAACUCCAUAUGUUGACCUCUAGUCAGCAAGAUGAUUAUCACCAAUUAGAAAUAAGAUUAGCUUCAUUAACUUGUACAGUCAGAUAUCGAGUAUUGGAUAUCUUCUAGAGUACAACGUAUUAUAUGCCUUCAGUGAAGGUAAUUAUUACCAUAGUAGUUUAAAAUAUGAAUCGCACACUCCCAAAAACGAGUCAAUACAAUGCACCACAAUAAUGUAAUAAGAAUAUUUUAAUGAAUUGUAAUCUCUAAUUUACUAGGAUACAGAAUUACAAUCCAUGAGAUUUAUUUCAUUAAAUUAUGAUAUAAUAUUGAUCGUCAACGUAAAUUAACCUUUUAUUUUUUAUUUAAUCAUGUAAAUAAAAGGCCUAAUAAAUAAAUUUAAUGAAUCAUUUUUGAAGUCAUCUCGUGCUGUUUUAAGAGAAGUUUCUCUCGAGCGCUCCGGAUCACGCCCCAUAUAAACGAAGUUAGACUAUUCUUAUUUGAAUGUUAUUAUAACUUUAUUAUUCAUCAAUCGAACUCAAUGAACGCUCAAGAAACAGUUGUCUGUAGUUAACAGAUCUUCAUAAAAAUAUGUAGUUUCAAAGUUACACUGGCUUAAAGAUUACAUACAAAUCUGUUAGCAAGUGUAAUUUGAAACUCCAUAAUUAUUAUUAUUGUCAUCCGAAAUUUCACAAAAGAAUACAUUAUUUUCUAGUGUGUAUCUACAAAGUUUUACUGAGUUUGAUUUGUUAGUCUUGCAUACUAUUUAUGUUUAUCUAUCUGUUCGUCAUUCAUGCGUUCGCGAAUCGUUCAUCCGAUUGAAUUGUUGUCGGCACUUUCGUGAAGAUUUCUGACAUAGUACAAUCAAUGGAAAUAGGUGGCACACGAAUCGCAGUGCAACGCAUGGUAGGCAUAAUAUUUAAAUAAUUUAACUUCUUUUGGAAAAGGUUCACUCGAGACAAACUCCUCUUAAAGAAUUUUAAUUGCAAAGUCGUGAUAUUUUUUAUUUCUCGGGGCCAAUAUUAGUACCUAUCUGAUUUGGAAUAAUAUUGCUUCAUGACAAUAUGACACAGGCUCAUAGUGAAGAAGAAUAGAGAAACAUCGAAAUUUUGAUACGUACGAGUAUACAUAGUCUGUAACAAUGAUAGCUAAUCAAUUCCUCCUGGAUAGCAUUAGCUACGUAGUUAGUAAGUAAGCAGACCAAACGGGCACGCCAAGCGUGCAUUGUGAACUAUGUAUAAAUAUUAAUUGGUUUCAUAAGAAGAUAUUAUAUAAAAUAUAGUAUAUAGUUUAUAAAAAAUGAAUUUAUUGUAUAAGUCAGCACAAAGAUUUUAAUAUAUUUUAUUAUCGCAUAGGAGUUUUUCUCUUAUAUACUAAAUUUACAAGAUCGCAUAUGAUGCGGCAAGGAAUUUUAACAUGCCCUUUACGGCUGCAGAGAGCUUAUGGAGAAACCAAAAUAAACAUUAAUGAGUUCCCGUCGACAUAUACUGCUCGGAUUAAAGAUAAUUCUUUCGGUUUUGUAUAGUAGGUCCUUGUAGAUGUUUUUGUGCCGCCGCGCAAUAUGUAUCGCCGGGGAAAUUACGUUGUUGAUGACACCCGUGAGGUCAGCACUCAGCACAGAGAUAUUGAGGUGGACUAUAUUUAAGCAGUUUAAUAUUGCAGCGUGUUGUUAAAUAAUGACUUGCAAAUCGACAAAAUGCUGGCUGACCUCAGUUGUUUCCGGUCAAGAUAGACCUUAAAGUAUCGGAAUGUUAAUUUCGAUGUAAUUGUUGUUAUAUUUUGUUAUAGCUUCUUAAAAUUAUAAAAAUAAUUACUUUGUAAUAUUUCGUUAACGAAUUGAAUAAAAGAAUGCUCAGCAUUCAAAAUGCCGUA